AUGAUGGCGAAACAGGACACUCAAAUCAAGGCAACUUACUACGUUGGUUGUGCUUGUUUAUAUGUCCUCACGCGGUACCUCGGCAUUGUUCCUCGCGAUUUAUCAUUACUUAUCGGUGGUAUCAUUCUCUCAUGGUCGAUCUCCUUACCCUUGACAGUGUGUGCGAAGACUCUCCGAAAAAGACAUCGCAGCACAUUCAAUGAUCUUCCUGGUCCACAGUCAUUAAACUGGCUCUACGACCGCGUGUUCGAUAUUUUCGAUGAACCCCUAGCAAAGAAUGUGACCGAUUGGAUCAAUGAGAGAACUUACCCAGACGGGCUUAUGCAUUUCUUUGGCUUAUUCGGCUCCGAAUAUAUAGUCCCUACGGACCACGAGGGGUUAGUCGAGGUACUGUCAACUCGGUCUUACGACUAUGAGAAGUCCCGUGCCUUCCGGCGAUACUCCGUUCGAUUUUUCGGAGAUAGCCUUGUUACGCAGGAACAAGAGGUGCACAAUCGAAACCGGAAGACCUUUAUGCCCGUAUUCAAUCAAACCAAUAUCAACAUCGUCCGCCCCUUGCUGACUGCAAAAUCAAGGCAGUUCAAUGAUUACAUCUCUUCGGUACUGACGGAUGUUGGUGAAAGCCAGAAAGGAAGUCGAGGGGGCAGGACAGCUAUUGUUCCCAUUACGGACAUUGUAUUCAGGGCUACAAUGGACACUGGAAGUAUUCUCGCACUCGGAAUCGACUUGGAGACGAUCAAGGGGCGGAACACACACAUGUUGCGUGCCUUCAAAACGUUAUUCGCCAGCAACCGUCAGAAGAAGAUACGAUUUGUGUUACACAAUCUAUUGCCUAGCUGGAUCGAUCGGUUGAUUCCUUCCGAGGAAGAAAAGAGCAUGGAUAGAGCAAAGUCCCUCAUUGUUGAUAGCGUGGUUGAUAUGAUGCAAGGGAAGAUGGCGGAGAAUGAAGUAACAGAUGGCCAUCUUACUUAUCUAUCGAAUUUGAUACGGUCGGGCCGUUUCAAUCAUGAUGAAUACAUUGGUCAACUAAGAACUAUCAUUGCUGCGGGUUUUGAAAGCUCCGGAGGAUCACUCUCCUUCGUCAUUUACUGCCUCGCGGCCAACCAAGGUGCCCAGAAUUCCGUACGUGAAGAGCUAUACAACGCCAAACAUGGCAAGGUUGAGCUUGAGGAGGACGAGUAUGACCGUCUUCCAGUCCUCAAUGCAAUGGUCAUGGAGUCCCUGCGUCUCUUCCCCUCUUUCGGGCUACUGCUCCGGAGGGCGAUUCGCGACACUACUAUCAAGGGCCGGUUUAUUCCCCGAGGAACGCACAUCGGUAUCUGUCCAAAAGCGAUCAAUUGUAGUCGUCAUCUUUGGGGGGAUGACGCGGAGGAUUUUAACUUGGAACGGUGGAUUGACCGUUCCGAUCCAAAUAACCCCACGCAAAAGCCUACAGGAGGAGCUCCUAGUCCAGCAUGCAUGCUUUCCUUUGGAUACGGAACCCGCAGUUGUGUUGGAAGACACUUGGCCAUGGCGCAAAUAAAACGACAAAUAGCGCUGAUUGUUGAGCGUUUCCACGUUGAGACCGAGGAUGAUAGGUUUCCGCAUCCUUCGGGAUUAUUUGCGUCCAACCCACCUUUUGAUUUCCGUCUGAGGUUCACCGAAGUGAAGUAUGGCAAAAAAGCUGUGUGA